UGACAUCGUUUUUGAUGACGUCAUUGACAGUAUGGAUUGUUCUUUUACAAUUAAUACGAAACCGGUGAACAAAACAUUUGUAUUCUCGAGGCUUGUCGCAAGGAAAUCGAAAUAAAAAUGGCAAUGAAGAAGAAAGUCACAGCUAAAGCAAACCGCAAAACAACUACUUCAGCUGCAACUCAAGACAAAUCGAGUGAGAAACAGACGAAAAAACAAAUAAAACAAAGAAAUCCAACGUCGACAGUACAUCAAUACAAUCUACGAAGUCGGACCUCGUUGCCCAUACCUGUUCCGAGACCAGCAUCACCACCUCGAAAUUUCAAAGUCCCUGCUGUCAAAUCAGAUGCCAUACUACGUCGUACAUUCAGCUGUCGAAAGAGACGACCUUCAGUACAAAUUGGUUCCGUGCAGCCUAAGAUUCGCAGACGAACGAUACCAAUUACGAAGGAUGUCUCGGAUUAUCAACGGGCUAUAAAUGCUUUACAUGUGUCGAUGGUGCCAAAAAUUCUUCCUUGUCGUGAAAAGGAAUUCAAAGAAAUUUUGGGUGCAAUCACGACUCAGAUAUUGGAUAACAGUGGCGGAUGCAUGUACGUGUGCGGUGUUCCUGGUACCGGUAAAUCGUCUACAGUCGCUGAGGUCAUCCGUUCGUUGCAGCGUCAAUCGGAUGCAAACGAUCUUCCACGAUUUGAAUUGAUCCAAUUGAAUGCCAUGGAAUUGACUGAACCGCAACAAGCCUACGUGCACAUUUAUCGUCAUUUUUUUGGCAAAACCAUUCGCUGGGACGAUGCAGUCUCCCUCCUUGAUCAAUUCUUUAUUGGAAAGAAAUGCUCAAAACAACGCAAAUUCACAUUGUUGGUUGUGGAUGAGUUUGACAUGCUAAAGAGCCCAAGACAACGCGUUAUUUAUAAUAUAUUGAAUUGGUCGAUGAAGAAAAGUGCUCGGCUGAUUGUGGUGGCAGUCGGAAAUAUUGUCGAUCCGGGGGGAAUGGGUGGAAUAACGUCACGGUUGGGUGCAUCUCGUUUCACGUUUCUGCCAUACACGCAAUUACAGUUAAGAGAUAUUGUGCAGGCACGAUUAACUGGAAUAGAUAUAUAUGAAAAUGAAGCAGUCGAACUGGUGGCAAGAAAAGUGGCAACAAUAUCUGGUGAUUGUCGACGUGCUUUGGACAUUUUUCGACGAGCUACAGAGAUCGGCGAAAAAGAUUGCAUCGGAAAGGCCUCGAUUAUUACGUCAUUCCACGUUGUCAAAGCUUUCGAUGAGAUGAUUGUCAAUCCGAAAGUGAUUGCCAUUAAAGGAUGUUCGAAAUACGAGAAAUUAUUUUUACAAGCCGUGGGAGCCGAGAUCAGCCGAACGGGAGCGGAUGAGACGGUUUUAUAUCAGGUUUAUCGACAAUUCGAAACAAUUUGUUUGAGCAGUGGUGCAAUGAUACCGGAACCAGGAAUUGCUCUCCGCAUAUCUUCCAGACUUGGAUCAUCAAGGUUACUGAUUUGCGACCACUCUACAAAUUCCAUUCAUCAAAAAAUAAUGCUUAACGUUACAUUUGACGAGCUGCGGUAUGCAUUCGAUUGAUGCAGGCAGAAGCGAUUGAUUCCAAAGUUUAUUUUUCGUACAAUUAUUUUGCUACUAAUUUUUCAGUAGGUACUUCUGUACAGAAAUACACACUCUACCUUGUUAGGAUCAAGUUGUUGAAUUUAAAAAAAAAUCUGAAAAUU